AUGGAGAUGUUUAUUGGGGAUAUGAAUUUGAAGUUGGAAGGAACUUCUCUGUUUUCGGUGCUCAUGGUCAUGGAGAGAAGUUGUUUCCUCUUGUCAAUCACCUUCUUGCUGGUGCUGCAGCUGCAGUACAGUUCUAUAGGCACAGUAGGUGCAGCACAAACCAACAUCACCACGGACCAGUCUGCUCUUCUUGCUCUCAAAGCCCAUAUCACUAGUGACCCUCACAACAUCUCGGUCAACUGGUCAACCACCACCUCCGUUUGCAAUUGGGUUGGAGUUACUUGUGGCCCUCGCCACCUCAGAGUUUCAGUCUUGAACCUCUCUUACAUGGGACUCUCCGGCACCAUUCCUCCACCCCUCGGCAACCUCACAUUUCUUGUUGAGCUGGACUUAAGAAACAACAGCUUCGAUGGCACCUUGCCCAAGGCAUUGUCUUAUUUGCGUCGGCUGAAGUGGAUUGACUUUGCAUACAACAAUUUUAUGGGAUCCAUUCCAUCGUGGUUUGGGUCCUUCCCCAAACUUCAAGGCUUCCAUUUGUCUGGUAAUCAGUUUUCAGGUACCGUACCUACGACUAUCUUCAACUUGUCUGCAUUGCAAGACAUAGAUCUAUGCAAUAACAAACUAUCAGGUGGGAUACCCAGAGAAAUAGGUACCUUAACAAUGUUGAAGAAGAUAUACCUUGACUCCAACAAUUUCAGUGAAAUUCCAAAAGAGAUCGGCUUUUUACAUCAGCUGGAGAAGUUGUAUGUGCAGCUUAAUGUCCUAAAAGGCCACGUUCCUGUGGUUGUUUUCAACAUGUCUUCUUUGACUACGUUGACUCUAUAUGACAACAGCUUGAGUGGUGGUCUUCCAGACAAUAUAUGCCAACAUCUUCCUAGUCUUCAAAUCUUGAGUUUGGGUGUUAACCAUUUUGAUGGUCCACUUCCAUCCAAAUUAUGGCAACGCAGUGAGCUUCUUGAACUUAAUUUGGAGAAAAACAAUUUCAGUGGAAGCUUACCAAAAGAUAUUGGGAACUUAACAAUGAUGAAGAUGAUAUUCCUUGACCUCAACAAUUUGACAGACGAGAUCGGUGAUCUUCCAAAUUUAGAGAUGUUGUCAUUGCAAGGCAACAAUCUCAAUGGCCUGAUCCCAUCCUCAAUCUUCAAUAUCUCCAUGAUAAGCGAAAUAUCACUUUCUUUUAAUCAGCUAUCGGGUAGCCUCCCAGCAAACAUAGGCCUUAGGCUUCCAAACCUACAAUACCUUUAUAUAGGAGCAACUGACCUCAGCGGAGUAAUCCCCAACCUCUCCAAUGCUUCUGCGCUUGUCACGAUAGAUAUGAACGAAAACUCAUUUACAGGGUUUCUUCCAAGCACGCUAUGUGCCGUAACAAACCUUCAGUCGCUUAGGUUAAAGAAUAAUAAUUUGACGAUUGAUACUUCGAUUCAAGAAGCAAACACUCUCUCUUGUUUGGCUAAUCUUAGAAGUUUGACAAGAUUAUCCUUGCCAGAAAAUCCAUUAAAUGCCAGACUUGAUGAUUCCUUUUGGAAUUGCUCUACAUCGUCGCUUCAAUAUAUUUAUUUAUACAAUUGCAACAUGAGGGCUAACAUUCCCAUUGGUAUUGGCAACAUUAGCAGCUUGGUAACCUUGACUCUGAGAAACAAUCAAUUGAGUGGAUCAAUUCCAACUUCACUGAGAAGACUAGGGAAUCUCCAAGGUUUGUUCUUGAAUGAUAACAAGUUGCGAGGGUACAUCCCAUAUCAACUAUGUCAAUUAGAUAACCUAGCUUACUUAAUUUUGAGUAGUAAUCAGCUCUCGGGUUCUAUACCUUUUUGCUUGGGAAAUCUAACCGCAUCUCUAAGAUAUCUAUCAUUGGGGUCCAAUUCGUUGAGUUCCACAAUACCAUCUACUUUUUGGAGACUUGCCUAUAUCUUGUCUGUAGACUUAUCAUCCAAUUAUCUAAUUGGACAUCUCUCACAAGAUAUUGGAAACUUGAAAGUUGUGAUAGAGGUAGAUUUAUCAAAUAACAAUUUAUCUGGUAUCCUACCAAACACUACUGGGGGUCUUCGGGGUUUGGUUAAUCUAUCCUUGGCAAAUAAUAAUUUGGAAGGCCCUAUUCCAAGUUCAUUUGACGGGUUGCUAAGCCUGCAACUCUUGGAUUUUUCCAGAAACAAUUUGUCUGGAGUGAUUCCCAAGUCUUUAGAAGCUCUGUCACUUCUCAAGUAUAUGGAUUUGUCUUUCAACAGGCUCCAAGGAGAAAUUCCAACUGGUGGACCGUUCCAAAACUUCUCCGCUCAAUCAUUUGUCUCAAACAAAGCACUCUGUGGUGCAGCCCGACUUCAUGUUCCACCAUGCAAAAAUGGUACAGUUGAACCAAAUUGGAGGAAAGCUAAAUAUAUCAUCCCAGGGAUCAUAUCAGUAAUUCUCUUUGUGGCCUCUGCAUCUAUCUUUGUACUACGCAGGAAAAGGAAUGUGGAAGUUGCAGGAGAGGCUACCUCGUUGCCUCAACUUCUUUGGAGAAGAAUUUCACACCUAGAACUUCUAAGGGCCACGAAUGGAUUUAACGAAAACAACUUACUCGGAAGUGGGGGUUUUGGCUCAGUAUAUAAAGGGACGCUUUCAGAUGGAAUAGAUGUUGCAGUAAAGGUUUUCAGUUUACAGCUAGAAGGGGAUUUCAAGAGUUUUGAUAGGGAAUGUGAAAUGUAAUUAAGCAAUAUUCGUCAUAGAAACCUUAUCAAAAUCAUCAGCUGUUGCAGUGAACUUGAUUUCAAAGCCUUGGUACUGAACUACAUGCCUAAUGGGAGCCUGGACAAGUGGUUAUAUUCUCAAAACUAUUCUUUGAAUAUCUUACAGAGGUUGAACAUAAUGAUAGAUGCUGCAUUUGCACUGGAAUACCUACACCAUGGUUAUUCAAUACCUAUUCUGCACUGUGAUAUGAAGCCAAGCAAUAUACUACUGGAUGAUGAUAUGGUUGCACAUGUUGCUGAUUUUGGAAUUGCAAAACUCUUGGGUGGAGAAGAUUCUAUUACCCAAACCAUGACUCUAGCCACUGUUGGGUAUAUGGCUCCAGGUGAUGUACUUGCUAAUUUAAUAUCUUUCAAUUCUAUACGUGCUUUCUUUAAUUAUGCAUAA